CUCACUUAAGCUUUUGAAAGAUAAUAGACAUCUAUUGGUCUUAGGAACCAAAAACUCUUGGUGCAACUCCAAGCAAUAGCCAUGAACUCAAUUAUCUUUAACUCUUCAUUCCUGUUAAUUUUUAUUAUUCUUCUUUACCCUUUAUUUUUAUCUAUAACCUCCCCCCAAGAAUCCGUUAAUCCCAACUGAGCCUCUACUCACGUUAAAACAGCCGUUAAGCUCUCAUUCUUUGUCAGCUUAAUUCCCCUCUUCUUGUUCCUUGAUCAAGGUGUAGAAUCUAUUACAACCAAUUGAAACUGAAUCAACCUAGGGCCUAUAAAUAUUAACAUAAGCUUUAAAUUUGACCUCUACUCUAUUAUCUUCACACCCGUAGCCCUCUACGUUACAUGAUCCAUCCUAGAAUUUGCACUCUGAUAUAUGCAUACAGACCCAAACUUUAACCGUUUCUUUAAAUACCUUCUUCUUUUUCUUAUGACAAUGAUGAUCCUUAUCACCGCUAAUAAUUUGUUUCAAUUAUUUAUCGGUUGGGAGGGAGUCGGUAUCAUAUCAUUUCUCCUCAUCGGUUGAUGGUAUAGCCGAGCAGACGCUAACACAGCAGCUCUCCAAGCAGUAAUUUAUAACCGCAUCGGAGAUAUCGGAUUAAUUCUAAGUAUAGCCUGACUAGCUAUAAAUCUCAACUCAUGAGAAACUCAACAAUUAUUUAUUCUAUCUAAAAACACUGAUCUAACUUUACCUCUAAUAGGCCUAGUACUAGCUGCUGCCGGAAAAUCAGCACAAUUCGGCCUCCAUCCCUGGCUGCCAUCAGCCAUGGAGGGGCCUACGCCAGUCUCCGCCCUACUCCACUCAAGCACAAUAGUCGUAGCCGGUGUAUUUCUUCUAAUCCGGCUUCAUCCCUUAAUUCAAGAUAAUCAGCUAAUCUUAUCAGCUUGCCUAUGCUUAGGUGCAUUAACGACUCUAUUUACAGCUACCUGUGCCCUCACCCAAAACGAUAUCAAGAAGAUCGUAGCCUUCUCCACAUCCAGCCAAUUAGGCCUCAUAAUAGUGACCAUUGGCCUAAAUCAGCCUCAAUUAGCCUUCCUUCAUAUCUGCACACACGCCUUCUUCAAAGCUAUACUCUUUCUUUGUUCUGGCUCCAUCAUUCAUAGCCUAGAUAACGAACAAGAUAUUCGAAAAAUAGGAGGGCUCCACAAACUUCUACCAUUUACUGCUUCCUCCCUUACAGUUGGAAGCUUGGCCCUAACAGGUAUACCUUUCCUAUCCGGUUUCUUUUCAAAAGACGCCAUCAUCGAAGCCAUGAACACAUCUAACCUAAACGCCUGAGCCCUGACAAUAACCUUGUUAGCUACUUCCUUCACUGCUAUUUAUAGCCUCCGACUUAUCUUCUUCACAUUAAUAAAUACACCACGAUUUACCCCACUGACACCUAUCAAUGAAAACAAUCCCUUAGUGUUAAAACCUAUUAAACGCCUAGCUUAUGGAAGUAUCUUAGCCGGUCUCAUUAUUACCUUCAACAUAACACCAACCAAAACACAAAUUUUAACAAUACCACUCACCCUUAAACUCUCCGCCCUCCUAGUAACAAUUAUGGGCCUACUUUUAGCCCUAGAAUUAACCAACCUCACCAAACACCAAUUUAAAAUUUACCCAACCAUAUCAACCCAUAAUUUCUCUAAUAUAUUAGGCUAUUUCCCACCAAUUUUCCACCGUAUUUACCCACAAAUCAACCUUCACUGAGCUCAAACUAUCUCAACCCACCUGAUUGACCUAACAUGAAAUGAAAAAAUAGGACCAAAAAAUAAACUUAUCCAACAAACAUCCAUAAUUAAAUUAUUUACACUACCCCAGCAAGGCUUCAUUAAAAUUUAUCUUAUAAUCUUUUUCCUCACUCUUACCCUAGCUACACUAAUCAUAAUUUAGACUACACGCAAUGUCCCUCAAGAAACACCACGAGUUAACUCUAGUACAACAAACAAUGCCAAAAGCAGUAUUCAACCACUUAGUAUAAGUAAAUAACCACCAUAAGAAUAUAGUAAAGCUACACCACUAAAAUCCCCACGAAUCACCUCUAGACCAUUAAUUUCAUCCCCCCCAAACCACCCUCACCCUCAACCCCCAACAAAAUGUUUAUUAACGUAUAUUAAACCCCCAACAUAAAAUAAAACAUAAAUUAACACCGAUCAAUCCCCUCAUGACUCAGGAUAAGGUUCUGCAACAAGUGCCGCAGUAUAAGCAAACACAACCAACAUCCCCCCUAAAUAAAUUAAAAAUAAAACUAAAGAUAAAAAAGAACUUCCAGAACUUACCAACAAACCACACCCCACGCCAGCAGAAAUUACUAAACCGAGGGCAGCAUAAUAAGGAGAAGGAUUUGAAGCCACUGCUACCAAACCUAUAAUAAAACCCAACAUUAUAAUAAAUACUAAAUAAAUCAUAAAUUCCCACUUAGAUUUUAACUAAGACCAAUAGUCUGAAAAACUACCGUUGUUAUUCAACUACAAGAACCUAAUGACCACAAAUAUUCGAAAAACCCAUCCAUUAUUUAAGAUUAUUAAUAGCUCCCUUAUUGACCUCCCCACCCCAGUCAACAUCUCAAUUUGAUGAAAUUAUGGCUCACUUCUAGGACUUUGCCUGAUUAUUCAGAUCCUCACUGGCCUCUUCUUAGCCAUGCACUACACCCCAGAUAUCGCCUCCGCUUUCUCCUCAGUUGUUCACAUCUGUCGAGAUGUGAAUUAUGGAUGACUUAUCCGCAAUAUUCACGCCAACGGAACCUCACUCUUUUUUAUCUGUAUUUACAUUCAUAUAGCUCGUGGAUUCUACUACGGAUCCUACCUCAACAAAGAGACAUGAAAUAUUGGGGUAAUCCUAUUAUUUUUAUUAAUAGCAACAGCCUUUGUAGGCUAUGUCUUGCCAUGGGGUCAAAUAUCAUUUUGAGGCGCAACAGUCAUUACAAACCUCCUAUCCGCUUUCCCCUAUAUUGGCAACAUUUUAGUAGAGUGGAUUUGAGGGGGCUUCUCAGUCGAUAACGCCACCCUAACCCGAUUCUUUGCCUUCCAUUUCUUAUUUCCUUUCCUAAUUGUUGCACUUACCCUACUCCACCUCCUCUUCCUUCACGAGAUAGGCUCUAAUAACCCCACUGGACUUAACUCUAACACAGAUAAAAUCCCAUUUCACCCUUACUUCUCUUACAAAGACCUUUUAGGCUUCUUCAUCCUAGGCCUCCUCCUAACCCUACUUGCUCUUUUCACACCCAACCUACUAGGGGACACAGAAAAUUUCAUCCCAGCCGAUCCCCUACUCACACCACCUCACAUCAAGCCAGAAUGAUACUUCCUAUUUGCCUACGCGAUCCUACGCUCUACCCCGAACAAGCUAGGGGGAGUCCUUGCUCUCUUAUUUUCAAUCCUCAUCCUCAUGCUGGUGCCCAUACUACACACAUCCAAGCAACGAAGCGCCACGUUCCGACCAAUCACCCAAAUCUUAUUUUGAACACUACUCACAAACACUAUUAUUCUAACAUGGAUUGGGGGCCAACCAGUAGAACAACCAUUCAUCAUUAUCGGUCAAAUUGCCUCCGUUAUUUACUUCCUCUUAUUCCUCAUCCUUCUUCCCCUUGCCGGCUGGUGAGAGAAUAAAAUUUUAAAUCUUUAAUAU